UAAUCCCGCUUUUCCAUAUGUAUGGCCGCAUUUCCAUGUUCCAUACUCUAACACUGGGAGACGACCAAUCACUAGUAAAGCAGAUGACAAAUGGUCACAGUUCGUUGGUUUUAUAAUUGCAGAACUUCAAUGGUUCUUGAAGUCUCUUCUGUCACCAUCCCCACUCUCCCGAACUUGAGAUCACUUCAAUUGAAUUUUCUUAAAAAUGGCAGCCAAGAAGGUCUUUAUAACGGGAGCAACUGGUUUCAUCGGUGGCAGCGUCUUGAAUAAGCUUCUCGAGAAACACCCCCAACUUGAGAUCACAGCCCUUCUACGCAGUCCUUCUUCAGCAUUUUCUGCCAAAUACAGCUCAGUUGAAGGGGUCAAGGGCUCAUUUGACGAUUUCGGAAUCAUUGAAAAGGCAGCACAUGAAGCAGACAUUGUAAUUCAUACUGGUGACAUUAGUCAUCCGGGAUGCGCCAAAGCCAUUCUCUCCGGACUGAACAAGCGAACAGAAGAAAGCUUCUUGAUUCACCUAACCGGAACUGGAUGUAUCUCCGAUGAGCGCGAGCAGACGUGGGAAGGAAAAUACAAUCCGCAUGUAUGGGACGAUGUCAAAGAAAUCAACGAGAUUUACGACCUCCCCGAGACGGCGCAGCAUCAUGUCAUCGAUCAGUGGAUUAUGGAUGCCAGCAACGAGAAACUGAAAACUGUGAUUAUCUGUCCACCUGAUAUAUACGGCCAGAGUUCGACCAUUGGCAAUCGGGCGACAUUUCUGGUUCCGGAUUAUGUUGAGGCAAUUAUCAAGCACAAAGAAUCCUUUUAUCUAGGUUCUGGAGAGAACAUCCGCGGUGUUACACAUAUCGAUGAUGUAGUGGAUCUCUUCUUACUGAUUUUGGCGAAACAACUCGAAGGCCGGAAAGAAUUGGACUAUGGUAGACAGGGAUUCUAUUUUGCAGUCUCGGAUGGCAUUCCGUGGAAGAACGCAGCCGAAAAGAUCAAUGAGCUGGGUCAACAUCAGGGCUGGCUGCCCAAAGGAACGAAAGCAGUGUCUUGGAAUGAGAGUCAACUGGCGGCUUUGCUACCAAGCGAUCCUGGCCGAGUCCUGUACCUAUGGGGCUCUAAUAGCAGAGCUGAAUCUUCGAGAGCGAAGAAAUUGGGUUGGAGACCACAUGGACCGAGUUUCUGGGAGGCUCUUCCUGAGGACUGUAAAGUAGCUGCGGAGAAGUUGAAGGUUUAAGCAAAAUGUCAUGGUGAGUUCAGCGGUUGACAACUCGACAUGAAAGUCA